AUGGAGACGGUGGCAGAGCACUUUUAAGGCUUAGUAAGUAUCAAUUAUCGGUCUACUUAGUAAGUAUCAAUUAUCGGUCUACUUAGUAAGUAAUCAAGUAUGGAACGGUGGCAGAGCAUGCUUUUGGUUUAGAUCACAGUCGAAGAAGAAGACCAACUUGUUCGUGAUGUUCUCUGUGUCCUCAUGUAAAAAUAGCAUUGUUCACUUGUCGGUGACUGUGGUCUCUAGGCGACGCUGAGUGGAACGCCCUCAUUGAGGCUGUAGACGUAGCUGGGAAUGAAGUCAAGGAUGAGCUGAAGAGUGCACUGUAUGUUGGCUCAACGUCCUCGUGGUAACUAGGCUUUUCUGAAAGAAGGAGGAAGACUCUUCUGCACUUUUUACUGCUUGAUAAGUAACUCUAAUACUUGGAUUUGUCACAUCUACCUCGUCUACAGCAACUCUCUGGACACUUCAAAGCACUGAAAAGUCUGGAUUUGAGCUACUGUCGUAGUUUGCGAGAGCUCAAUUACUCAACGCUCUUCGAGGCAGCCCCCUUUCUGCGA